ACUGACCUGUUUUUAUUUGUAACUGUAUUUUAAUUUUUUUUUCAACUAGUCCAGAAGGAAAAUCACUCCUGAAAAGGCACAAGGGAAACCAUUCUAUGUACCUUUUUUUUUUCUUUAAAAACUAAGGAAAAACUAAGUACAUUUCACUCGGAAUUCCAUGGGAACAUGUUUGCACUGGUGGGUGUGGUCAGUCUCCACCAGCAUCCAAUAAAACACCUCCUCAUGAAGUUUGGGGGGCGGGACUGAAGAAAUGGGUGUUAUUUUUGGGAAACUUGACUUUAUUGGAUGGUUUGUUGUGGUUGUGGCUCAGCACAGUUUCAGCCCUGACAUCUGUAAACUCACAUCGGCUCAGUGGGAACAUCAAAAAGAGCGGUGCUGUCCUGCAGCAACAUGGCGGCACUCAGGUUGAAGGUUCUCUCAGUUCUGGCCUUCUGUCUGCUGAUUUCCUGCAACGCUGCUUCUACUGACAUCCUCUAUCGGGUUCCAGAGGAGCAGCCGCCAAAUACACUGAUUGGCAGCUUGGCGUCAGACGAGGGCCUGCCUGACACAGGCCACCUUUACAAGCUGGAAGUGGGCUCACCCUAUCUGCGUGUGGAUGGCAAGACAGGUGACAUCUACACCACAGAGACACCCAUCGACCGUGAGAUGAUGCGGGACUGCCGCAACCUGUUUGAAGGCAGAAAGUGUUUCCUAGAGUUUGAAGUAUCAAUCACAGACAUGGUGAAGGGCAUUGGGUCGGGGCCACGGCUCAUUGAAGGACGCAUCGAGGUGCUGGACAUCAACGACAACACGCCACAGUUUUCUUCGCCCAUCUUGACCCUUUCCAUCCCAGAGAACACCCACAUUGGUGCCCACUUCGCUGUCCCAACGGCCACAGACAAAGACUCUGGCAGCAACGGCGUAGCUGAGUACUCACUGAGCACCGGGCCUGAGGCUGACCAGCUCUUCAGCCUGCAGAUGGCCGUGGACACAGACGAGAUGUUGCCACAACUAGUGGUCAAGGGCAACCUGGACCGUGAGAGGAAGGACUCAUACGACUUAAAUAUCAGAGUGGUGGAUGGAGGAAAGCCGGCCAGAGCGAGCAGUGCUUUGCUGCGAGUCACUGUUACUGACCAAAACGACAACGCGCCAAAGUUUGAGAGGAGCCACUAUGAGGCUGAACUACCAGAAAACAGCCUGGUGGGCCACUCUGUUCUGCAGGUCAGAGCCAAUGACGCUGACAUGGGAAUCAAUGGAGAGAUUGAAUACAGCCUCCACCAGGCAUCAGAAACUGUUCAGAGGCUUCUACGCAUUGACCGCUCCACUGGCAUCAUAUUUGUCAAAAACCCAGUGGACAGGGAAGAAGAGAACUUUCUCAAGUUCUUCGUCGUAGCCAAAGAUCGUGGGCCAAACUCCAGGAGUUCAAAGGUCUUAGUGAACAUCAAUGUCAGAGACCAGAAUGACAACGCACCCGCCAUAGAGAUCCGUGGCAUUGGCUUGGUGACACACCAUAAUGGCGUGGCAAACAUAUCAGAGGACAUGCCUGUUGGUACCCCGGUGGCGUUGGUCCAGGUGUCUGACCGAGAUGAGGGGGAGAAUGCAGUGGUGACGUGUGUAGUGGCAGGUGAUGUUCCAUUUCAACUGCGCCCUGCAAUUGAGUCAGCCAAUGAUCGUAAGAGAAAGUACUUUCUGCAAACAACCACCUUGCUGGAUUACGAACGUGUAAAGGAUUACAGGAUUGAGAUUGUUGCUGUGGAUUCAGGGAACCCGGCCCUGUCCAGCACAAACUCACUGAAAGUCCAGGUUACAGACAUGAAUGACAACUCGCCUACCUUUUCCCCUACAUUGCUUGAGGUUGACUUUGCAGAGAACAAUCACCCCGGUGACAAGGUGUUGGACGUUGUUGCGACAGAUGCAGACAGUGGUACCAAUGCAGAGCUAGCAUAUAGCAUCAUUGAACGUUCGGCUACAAGGCUCUUUGAGAUUGAUGGCAACACUGGUGAGGUUCGUGUGAAAAACCAGUUAGAUCGAGAAGAGACGGAACGUUAUGAGUUCCGCGUGGCAGCAGCAGACAAAGGUGUUCCAAGCAAAACUGGCACCGCCACAGUGGUGAUUAAUGUCCUGGACCGCAACGACAAUGACCCCAAGUUUAUGCUAAGCGGCUAUAGUUUUUCUGUCAUUGAAAACAUGGCUCCACUCAACCCUGUAGGUGUGGUGACUGUCACUGAUGCAGAUAAAGGUGACAAUGCAAGAGUGAGGCUCUUUGUGGAACCGGACAAUGGCAAGUUCGUUAUCCAGAAUGGCACAGGAACCAUUCUUUCCAGCAUCUCCUUUGAUCGUGAGCGAGAAAGUACCUACACAUUCCGUCUGAAGGCUGUGGAUGCUGGUGACCCUGCUCGAUCCUCCUAUGUUGGUGUGACCAUUAAUGUGCUGGAUGAGAAUGAUAAUGCUCCCUAUGUCACCAAACCUUCAAAUUCCUCCUACAAGUAUUUGACACCUGUCACACCACCAGACACCCGUGUUGAGGUUGUGGAGGCUGAGGAUAUUGACUCUGGGCCCAAUGCUGAGCUUGUCUACACCAUUACAGGUGGUAACCCAUAUGGGCUGUUCCACAUCUCUCCCACCACCGGAGAGAUUACACUGGCACAGGAAUUCAGUGGCAAACACAGUGGACUCCACCGGUUGGUGGUAAAAGUCAGUGACAAAGGCAAGCCUCCACGCCACACUACCGCCUUGGUCCAUGUUUUUGUAAAUGACACCAAGUCGAAUGUCUCUGUCAUCGAAGCACUAGUUGGACACAGCCUCUACACCCCUCUUGACCGUGACAUUGCCGGGGAUCCCAACUAUGCCCAUGGUCAGCGCAGCAACAUCUUGUACGGAUGCCUGGCAGGAGCAGCAGUUGUCAUUCCGAUAAUUGUGGCAGUUGUAAUCAUCAGGCACCGGCUGCAAAAGGAAACAAAGAGUGGCUAUCAGGCUGGCAAGAAGGAAAGUAAGGACCUGUACGCUCCAAAGCAGGGUCCCAAAAAUGGCAAAGGAAAGAAAAUCAAAAAGGGAAAGGCUCCUAAACCUGCAAAACCACUGGAGGAGGAUGAGGAGGCCAGCCUGCAGAAAAGUCUUAAAUUCAAUCUCAUCAACGACGUUAACGAUAGUCCCAGAAUCCACCUGCCUCUCAACUACCCACCAGGAAGCCCUGAUCUGGGCCGCCAUUACCGGUCUAAUUCACCCUUACCCUCCAUCCAGCUGCAGCCUCAAUCACCAUCUGCCUCCAAGAAGCAUCAGGCUGUUCAGGACCUCCCUGCCACCAACACCUUCGUGGGAACAGGAGACAACAACUCCACAGGCUCCGACCAAUAUUCGGAUUACAGCUACAAGGCCAACCCGCCAAAAUACAGCAGCAAACAGCUCCCCCAUCGUCGAGUGACCUUCUCCACAGCCAAUCAGUCGCAAGACCUUCAAGACGCAUCUCAGCACAGCUACUACGACAGCGGUCUGGAGGAGUCAGAGACGCCCAGUUCCAAAUCAUCGUCAGGGCCACGGAUUGGCCCACUGGCACUGCCAGAAGACCACUACGAAAGGACCACACCUGAUGGCAGCAUCGGCGAGAUAGAGCACCCGGAGAACGGUGGAGCAUCGUCAACUGCUACGUUGGAGAGGCGGGCCGGACAUAAAAGACUGCAUUAAGACAAAACAAAAGACACAAAGGGGCAUCUAAAGCUAAAGAUUUUUUUUUUUGCCAUCUGAUUUACAAAGAAAAAGAAAUUCUGGCUACAGGAUUUUUUGGCCAAAUAUUAUAUACCCUGGUUUCACUUUUUCAUCGAGAUGAGUUUGAUCUCAGAACCCUAGAUGGAAGAGAAAACCUUUUUUGCUGAAGGAAAAUUCCUGAAUAAGAAGAAGUCUGUUGUAUAGUCGGUUCUUUUUUGAAAUGUCCUUGUUAAAAUCUUCUUCAGGAGGUGGAUUUGUACCGAUUUUUGUCAACCUCUGUGUGGAAGUAGCUGAAGCCUAAGUGAACUCACUCGCCAUGAUCACAGUGGAUUAUCAACUCUUUCCUUCCUUUUUGUCUUUUUUUUUUUUUUUGCAGCUUUCUAUUUUGUGGUGUGCAAAAACUGCAGCUGAACUUUAUUUUUAAGAGAUUUAUAGAUGGACUGUUCCCCCUGAUUUUUUUUUGGUAGCCCUGGUGCCUGUAGUUGUUGAUUGACAGUCAGGGUUUUGGAGGACAAGGUGAACGGCAGAUAAUCAGCCCACAUACUUUGCCCUCUUUUUCUAAAUGGCCAAUAGAGACUGACGUGAGCAGUUGUGGACACCUCGUUAUCCCUCAUCAGUCCUUACUCUUUGCUAUACUGGGACAGACUGACUUUUUUGGGGUUUUUUUGAGCCAAAGUCAGAAGAGAAGAUGUAAAUCAGUGUCAGCCCUGUUUGCCUGGUGUCAAACUGAUACAGGAACUUUUGAGCUUUAGUCAAGCACAGCACAAAGAAUGGAAGCAAAAGGAAGGUGUUGACCUAGAAAUAGAACAACUAGACAUCCCAUACAUAAAUAAAAAUGUGUCUUAUGAUUUUCAAGAUAGCAGAGACUAAAAUAUUGUGUGCAUAGAAAAUAGCUACGGCAACAAACCGCAGGUUUACAUGGAGUCUGACACACGGAGCAGGUAUUAAAAACUAAAAAAAAAGUCCACAUUUCAAUUGCAUGAAUGCCAUCCAUUUUUCAUUGAUAGCCACUGCAUUUCAUUAGAAGUAACAAAUAGAGAAUUUCAAAAGAUAAUAAACAAUAUUGAAAUGGUGCAUCACAUGCCAGUCACUGUAGCAAACCUUUGGUUUAUAGUGCACAAGGUGUAAUCAUUUCCUGCCAGCUCCUAGUCUAAGAAGCAUUCACCUUUAGAAAUGUUAAAGCUGUGUUUUUCAAAUUACUAUGUUCACUAUUAUAACAGUACUGUAUCAUCUGCAUAGCAGAAGCACAUGCUAGGACAUGUGUGACCAGCAGGCAUGUGUACUGAGGGUAAUCUGGUGAUAUUUGGUGUAGAUAUUUGGUUGCUUGUGAAGUCUCAGAAAAAGAGACUCUAAAUACUUUUUUUAGAUUCAGCUCUAAAAAAACAGGCCCAUUUUUUUUCUUUAAAAUUUUUGCAUCAAAAAGUAAAAUUAUGAUCUCAAUCAUUAGAUUCUUCAGAGAAAUGCAAUACCAAUUUUGUAAAUAUGAUAUAAGUUAGAUCAGAAUAGAUGUUAAAGUGAGGUGUGGCAGGUCAGUAUGAGCCUCAUUGCUAGGUGACAUUCACCGACAUUGUCACCAUAGAAAAAUAAACCAAAUAGAAGGUAAACUUAUUUUACUGACCUUAAAAAAAUUAAGUCAUAUUUACAUAGAAUCUAAUUCAUUUUAGUGUAUAGUUUACAGCAUUCAUCUCAGCAUUAGGUAUGAAUGAACUACGGGCCUCAAACUGAACACAACUUCAUGGCAUUAAAUGCUGUGACUGCAACAUAUGUUUUCAUUUAACAGUGAAUCACAGAAGUUUCUAUCUAUCUAUCUAUCUAUCUAUCUAUCUAUCUAUCUAUCUAUCUAUCUAUCUAUCUAUCUAUCUAUCUAUCUAUCUAUCUAUCUAUCUAUCUAUUCAAUCAAAUUAGUUCUCCAUUUUUAUCAUUCUGAAUUCUCUAUUAACUACUGUUAAUUGUCAAGAGAAAAAUGGUUUUAAUGGUGCUCAUCACAACAGUAAAUCUUUGUCAAUUAUUCUUCUACUUCUUCUUCUUCUUCCUCCUCCUCCUCCUUCUCGUGUCACCCGGUAAAUAGACGUGUAGGGCCAGCUGCUUCGUAAAAAGAUGACUUGCAGCUGGUCUCGGCCUGGACGUUUGUUAGUCUGUAAAGUGCAGCGGUGUGUUUAUUCAUAACUAUAACAGUCUGUUUAAUGGAAUAUAAAGCUGUAACACGGUGUAUGAGUUUGAAUAUUUGUAGUCAUUAAUGGUUUGCUGUAGGAGUCGAGCAGAGCGGCACGGUGACCUGCUGCUGUGCUUGUGAAUGUACUUUAUAUCCAGAGGUUUUACUACAAUAAACAAGAGCUGGAAUCUACGGUGGCAUUUGGUUACUUGUUCAGUUUCUGUUUGAUUUUACUUUUAAGAUAUUUUUAAAUUUUUUUUUCACUGUCACGGCACUUUCGAAUAAAUAACAUUAUUUUACCAGCAGUUUUUAAUUGUAUCUGUUGAGGCAAGAAAAGUCUCAUACUUUCUGUCUAAUAAGUUAGCAUAUAAACAAAAAACAUACCAUUAAUAAAGAAGAGUUGGACACAACGGGCUAAAAAUGUAGCUUUGUUGGUCAUAAAUAUAGCUGUAUUUUUAACUAAGUUAACUACUGAUUAACAGUUUUAUUGUUUCUCUCAUUGGAAAGUUUUGUUGUUUGUUAGAAACAGGGCAUUCCAGGUACUGAAACAUGCAUCAGCCGCCGGCCCAGCUUUCAUUAAUAGUUGUUUUUUUCACCCAAAAGUGAAGGUGUAAGCAAAAUGUGGCAUAAAUACUUGAUGAUUUUGCUUUUUUUGACGCUGUAUCCAGAGGCAGCUCUCGUCUGGCUGCUGAAGUCUGAGAGCAUGAGGCUGCUGCAGAUGAACAUGAAUCAUUUACACGGAUUGAACUGUGAAACCAAGAAAGUGUAAUAAUGAUGUGCCGAGACAAAGCUAAAUAAUAGCCGGACAGAAACGGGGGUACAGCACUUCACACAACAAUCUAAAUAUGUGCAUAAUAUGAUAUGAUUGACAAACCUGACUUUUGUUGGCCUUUAUAACUGUGUUAUUUUGUACACGAACUCAACACAGACGGACUCUGUGUACCGUCACUUUAAACACUACUGCCAUGGUCAGAGUGAGCUUCAUGGUUCAUUUGUCAUUUUUGUGUGUCUCUUCUUCUAAUGUGUAAAAAAAACAGCCUGAUAUUCAUAUUGUUACCUGACUUGUGGAGCCUCCUACACCCUUAACCAAAUCACAUUUUGUUGCUGCUAAAAAAACAUAACCAAAAGGCAUCUGUGUGAAACUAUCACAACCCACUAGUUUUUGCCUCAAAAUAGCAAGUUUCCCUGGGUAUUUUUACUCCUAGUAAUGGAGCAGAUGUCACUGUGUGUGUAUGAGUACCAGUACACAAAUACAAAUGCAGCAUCUGUUCGAUCUAAAUUAUAGGAGAAACUGUGGCCAAAUUAACACCAUGUUACAAACCACCUAGUUUUUGUCAACCACUGGUCCUCCAGCAACAUUUUCAAUGUGCCUUAAAUGUGAUGGCAGAGUAGCUUUAGCCAUGCUAAUGUUCCAAAUAAUGUGCUUAAGUGUCUAACCCAAUCCUAAGCAUGGACAUUUAUUUUAUGUACUACUGACCAAAUAUAUAUACAUAGUAUGUAUGUAUAUAUAUUUUUUUCAUUUUAUUUAGUGAACAUAAAGCUUUACGUCUUCUGUGUGUGUGUGAGAACCAAUCCAUAUUUAGCACUGCUGUUAUAUUUUAAUUAAAACCGAAUGGCAGCCUUAAUUACAGCCAUGAUAAACAACACCUCCCUCUCUCUCUCUCUCGUUUCUCUUCGUCCCUGUCUCUUUGUUGUCAUCAAAGCAUCGAUAAAGCUUACCCCUAUGUGUACACACACACACACACACACACUCAGAGUAUGUGGAGGGUCUCAGUGGUGGAACAGAACUGUGUUUAUGGCUGUUAAUGAAAACUGAGGCCAAAGUCCCAGAAUCCCAACACUAAUCACCAAGCAAAUCUCUGGAC